AUAUUCGUAAGAGUAAAAAGUUUCACUGUAGAUGUGAGGAUUAUUUUGAAAAACUCUACCGGAAGUUACAGCCCCCCGCUUGCCUCAUUUGCUAAAAAGAGAAUAAGAAAAAAAAAUCUGUUUUUAAAGGGAAAACACGGCUGUUGAGGUCUGUGGCUGGCAUAGCAGGUGGAAGGUUGCUUCUGGUUGCUGGGUCCUGUGGAGGAGGAGGAGCGGUGCCAUUUUCCCCUUUUGUCCUCUCAUGUCCCCUCCUUGUGUGUUUCCCUCUGUAUUAGUGACCCCAAACCCCCACCCACCCCCUUUCCUGAUCUCUCCUGUUGUGUUGCCACUCAAGUCCUAAGCCCCCCUCAUACCCCAUGCUUGGGACAAAGCUGGCUCACUGCCACACCAAUGACUGCCUGGAUCGUCCUGCCUGUCAGCCUGGCUGCCUUUUCCAUCACAGGAAUAUGGAUAGUAUAUUACAUGGCUGUGAUGAAUCACCAUGUGUGUCCCGUAGAGAACUGGACCUACAAUGUAACGUGCACAGAAGACUUGCCCCGACCAGGCUUCCCAAAGACGUGCUGCACCAUCCAGGACAUUCCUCUCAUCAGUAAAUGCGGCUCCUUCCCUCCUGAAAGCUGCCUCUUCAGCCUGAUAGGCAACGUUGGAGCCUUCAUGGUGGUGAUGGUGUGCUUCCUGCGCUACGCUCAGAUGAUUGAACACAGUCACCAGGGUUGGGUUAACACCAGCGCGCUGGUGUCUGGCUGCAUCAACGCCAUCGGUUUGGUCAUGGUGGGAAACUUUCAGGUCGAUCAUGCCAAAUCUCUUCAUUACGUUGGUGCUGGCGUCGCAUUUCCAGCUGGGCUGCUGUUUGUGUGCCUGCAGUGUGUGCUCACCUACAGAGUAGCUAUGACCACUCUGGACUACUGGAUGGCUCAUUUCAGGGUGGCUCUGUCGUUAGGAGCCAUGAUAUCGCUUGUCCUCAGCGGCAUCUUCUUCAUCCAUGAGAGUUUCCUCCUCCAGCAUGCUGCAGCCAUCUGCGAGUGGAUCUUCACUGUGGACAUCCUGAUCUUCUACGGUACUUUCACCUAUGAGUUUGGCACCGUCACCAGAGAGACCAUGAUGGCGGGCCUGCAGAUGAGCCAGCACAGCUCAGGGGUCAUGAUGGGCCCCGGCUCCCACAGCUCCACGCUGGCCAGCGCCACCAAGGGCCUCAAGUCUCCCGGCGGAAGCAGCACGUCGACGCAUCUCAACUGUACUCCAGAGAGCAUAGCUAUGUUGUAGCUCUGCAGAAGGAAGGCGGGCAGAGUCACUCCAUGGACUUCCACUGAAAAGAUGAGAUGGUAGAAGCAGCAUGUGGAAGAAGAGGGCAAGUCCCUGUAUGCUAACCCUCUGACCAACACCAGGUAUCUCCAUUGAUAUUGCUGUACAAUCUUUUCUUUUCAUCCCUGCUGCAAAGAAAGUGUUUGAAGGAGCACAGAAUGUAUGAGAGUCCGAGCACUGCAGCCAUGAAUGUUUGGGGGGAUUCUGCAUGGAAAGAGGGCGCUGCCUGAAUGGAUUUGUUUCAUUUUUAUUUUUUAUUUUUUUUGGCCAGAUAUUGCAUAUUUCAAAACUACUGUCUUCAUAAAAAGACAAAUCUCCCACUUUUUUCUCCUGCCCACCUGCUUUAUAUUUUUUGCACGGCACACCUGCUGAGAGGAAAACUACGUUUAUUUUUUUUUGUUUUGUUUUUUUAAUUUUUGUAAAGAAAAUAGAAAAUAGUGAAUGUCUGAGAAAUGAAUAGUUAAAGUACGCUUCACUGACUGCGAGUUUACGGUCAGUCUAAUCAGUGCUGCAUCAACUGUCCCAUCCACGUUUAUUAGUUGCACUAAGAAUUUUAAUGCUAACAUUUUUGAAAGAUCUUACAACACGUGAGAUUGCGUUCCAUUGUUUUCAUGCUGGUAGAAGUAAAUGAAUGCACCUUUUUUUGUGUGUUACAGCUUCCUUUAGGUAGGGAUUAAUCCAUGUGCUGCAUGAUCUGAGUUUCUUCGUGACGUUGUCUUAACCCUUUUUACAUCGCGAUGCAAUAACUGUCCUCUAUCAUCCACUAGUCGACGCUCCGCAGGAGCAAGUUAUGCCUUUUUUUUCAGCGAGUAGAGCACAGGGCUCGUGUUGUUUGAUAGAUAUUUGAAGUGACCUCUCCUGACAGGUUGUAAGAGUGAAAUGAUGUUUAGUUCAUACACUGCUCUGAUUCCAGGCUGGAACCUUGGAAGCCUUAUUUGAUUUGAGAGUAAAGCUUUUCUAUGAAGUAUGAAGUCAUGAGACACUUUCCUAAAAGUUACACAGAGGGUUUUUCUUCACAUAGGAGUGUCCCAUCAAGAUGCUGCCAUACAGUUUAUAAACACUGCUUUUGUUUCCUGCUCGACUCCUAUUUUCGGACAGUAUUUACAGACUGCCACAAAAACCGUUAAGGAAGCCAUCCACAGUCAGCCUUUUGGUUUAAAGGAUCCGCUUCACAAACUCCUGUCUGAACACGUUUUUUUCUCUACUUUGAGUUUCUGAAAGGCUGAAUUCCAGCAAUACACGAUGAAAAGGUCACAUGUCCUACCUCUUUAUCCUUCAUAAGGUUUGAUGUUAAAGAGUCUGAAAGCAGCAGUUCUUACACGUUCUCCAUCUUUGAGCUGGUUUCAGUUUUCAUGAUGGUGGUUCAGCAGUCAUCAGCUCAGUCUGUAAAUGUCCAAUCUGAGGCCGUUUUGGUUUGGUACUGCAGGAAAUCAUGUUCUGUUCUGAAAAUCUUGCCAAAAAGACUGGGAUCAACUGAAGAGUUUUUUUUGUUUUGUUUGUUUGCUUGAAUUAGGUCAUGAACUGGUAGCAGUGCACUGGUUUAGCCUUAUCCCUUGCACAUACAUGUUUUUAUUUUAUUUUUUUUAUGUAGCCUACGUCACCACACUGUUACAGCCACAGGGCGUGACUUAACUGGCAGCUUGUGCGAGCCCUUACAUCGGGGUUACAACUGACACUGAACCACUAACCAUCAACACACCAAAUAUUCAACUUUCUUUUUGUUUGUUCUCGUCAGAAUGUUCACUUCAGUAGGCUGUAAGAUGAUCUGUUUUUAUGGGAGGGAUCUGCCUGACCUGUACAUGUCUUGAACAUUAUUACAAAUGUCUAUAAAAUGUACUGCUUCUAUUUGCUUUGAACUUUAAAAACUAUAUUCUGGAGGCGGAGGCAACAAAGAAUUCUUCAAACCAACACAAAUUAUUUUUUUUUCCUUUUAUAAAUUGUGUAAAUAUGUAUGAUUUGUCUAUCAUUUAGUUAUUUUCAUUUGACAGAGAUUUAUAUAAAAAUAUGAAAUAAAAGUGAUAAAUAUUA